GGGGUACACGUCGGUGGCACACGGCGCGGCGGUGUGGUAGGGCAGCCUACGUCGUCCUCGACGAUCUCGAGGAGCGUCGCGAGAAGGUGGGAGCCACGACGAAGCGAGCCCCGUCGCCCAGUCGUGACUUAGCCCGCAGAUCGGACGCAUCCCGGACGAACGGAUACGAACAUUUUCUUCUGUUGGACGAGUGAGGAGACACAAACACCACCAUGGACGCGAUCAAGAAGAAGAUGCAGGGAAUGAAGCUGGAGAAGGACAACGCGAUGGAUCGCGCGUUGCUCUGCGAACAGCAAGCUCGUGAUGCCAAUGCGCGAGCUGAAAAGGCUGAGGAAGAGGCUCGUGCCCUGCAAAAAAAGAUCCAGACCAUCGAGAAUGAGCUUGAUCAAACUCAGGAAGCUCUUAUGCAGGUCAACGCGAAAUUAGAGGAGAAAGACAAGGCUCUGCAAAACGCCGAGUCUGAAGUGGCCGCCUUGAAUCGUCGUAUUCAACUUUUGGAGGAGGACCUUGAGAGAUCCGAGGAGCGUCUUGCCACUGCCACUGCCAAACUGGCGGAGGCAUCGCAAGCUGCCGAUGAGAGUGAACGCGCCCGCAAGAUUCUCGAGAAUCGCAGCUUGGCGGAUGAAGAGCGUAUGGAUGCCCUCGAGAAUCAGUUGAAGGAAGCCAGGUUCCUCGCCGAAGAAGCCGACAAGAAAUACGAUGAGGUCGCCCGUAAAUUGGCCAUGGUUGAGGCCGAUCUAGAACGCGCCGAGGAGCGUGCUGAGGCCGGAGAGUCAAAGAUUGUCGAACUUGAAGAAGAAUUGCGUGUCGUUGGCAAUAACUUGAAGUCUCUCGAGGUCUCCGAGGAAAAGGCCAACCAGCGCGAGGAGGAAUACAAGAACCAAAUUAAGACCCUUACUACCCGUCUAAAGGAGGCUGAGGCACGCGCUGAGUUUGCAGAGAGAUCCGUGCAGAAACUCCAGAAGGAAGUUGACAGGCUCGAAGACGUACUGGUAAAUGAGCGCUGUAAAUACAAAGCGAUCGCCGACGAGAUGGAUCAGACGUUCGCCGACCUCGCCGGAUAUUAGCAGGCAGGCUAAAAUGCGUACAACCGGGGGUGUUACAUGCGGGAAAAAGAAAAAAAGCGAGAGAAAAAAGAAAGAAACGAUUCGUUCAUGCUACGACAAAACGACACUGCCAGCACGCGGACCCUUCGCCACACGUCGUCUCGUCCGAUUACAUUAGCAUUCUACAUGUACUCGCUAGAGGAAAGUCGAGGACGAGGAGGAUGAGAUCGCUGACAUUUAGCGUUAACCGCGCAUGACUUAACCGUUAAGUCGAAUUUUUCGUUGAAGACACCGUCACGCGUUCUACAUUCUUUCGACUCGACCGAAAUCUACGUUUGAGCAGGCUCGUCCAGCGUCUUUUGUAAAGUUUUACAUAGAAAUCGGGAAGAGAACCUUUUUGAACGGCGGUAAGAUCGUAUAAAAAAAAUUUGUGCUUCUGAAGAUUUUUUGGAAGCAAAAAUAUAUACGUACUCUUCCAAUACCUGGCACGAAAUUCCCAUUCAAUGAUGACGAUUUAUUGCAACAUUGGUUCUGUUACCUGUGCUUAUAUUAUCCCUGCGCAGCAAGGUGUCUUUAUCUUAUCCCUCACGUCCAAUAAAUUUCAUUAUUUCCAUCGAGAUCUGUAUUAUUCCCUAUAAUUCGCAUAGCUUCUGUAACGAUUAUUGGUUGCUAAGAAACUUCUUGCAGGAUUAAUUAUUUUCAUCUUGCUAGCUCAAUCGCACAAUUUAUGCAGGAUACUGUAAGUCGCAUUGUUUCAUUAACAAAAAAAAAGUACGGGCCAAAAACGGCAUUCGCUCGAAAGUUAGAUUGUGCUCAUUCGAAAUCAAGUCCAUAUGGCCUUAAAUACAACAUCCUAAUUCUUGCGACAAAUGUGUUCAAAGCACUUUUAUAUAAGCAGGA